AUGUCUACCAUUGAUGAAGAUGGAAUCAAUGAAGAAUUGGUAGAUUCGGAAAGUUACAGUCCGCUCUACAAAAGGGGUCUCGAAGAGAAGACGCUCGACUUGCUAGCGUCAGAGGUAUAUCUAUUGGAACAAUGGUCAGAUGUACCAGAAGACAAAGCUCGAGAACAAUACGAUCGUAUAAUGAACCAAUGGAUCGAUCUCGGCUGCUUUGGCCGCCACCCAUACCACAUCGCAGCACUAAAGCACACCUACCCACCGCCCACCGUCGUUCAAAGAACAAGCAUCCUCUCAUCCUGGCGCACACCCCAAGAACGUCAAGCAGCUCUCAUCCUCACCUCGCAAACUUCUCGCCUCUGGCUCCGCACAAACUACAGUCUAGGCCAUAAUCCCCUUUCCGCUCUAGAUGAAAAUCAGAAAGAAUCCAUAACCGGCGCCGAAAACGCUGAUCUCGUAUUCAAUGACGCAAAUCUCUAUGACUAUGGAUCCGACUGGUUCGAAAUUUUCCUUCGUGUCCCUGAGAUCCUGGAUUCUUGCCGCGGACCCAAGAAUGGACCUUUGCACUCUGCCGUCCUUCGGACUUUUGAAGAGCCGGAAAUCGAAGUCAUUGACCCAAAGGUUGUUUAUGGGUUCAAGACAAGACAAGCACGAGGACUGGAAAAGUGUUAUUGA